CCCUUAGCAAUCAGCACGCGCGACCUCUUCCACGCCGUGGUGCAAGAAGCCGUUGCUGCCACGACUUUGCACAUGAAGACUUUGGACACGGCGCUGGGGGUGCUACAGACGAUGCAGGGACUCAGUGCGACGGUUGAUGUUUUGAGGGGAGAAAUGCAAGAGAAGAGGAAGGCGUGUGAGGUGGUGAGGAAAGAGUUGUUGCAGUUUGGUGAGGUGAUUCGGGCGUUGGGGCUUGUGGAG